UGUAACAUACGGAAGUGCAGCGCUACAGUUUCCAGCUGAUAACAAACUGACCGUUGUUUUGCGAAAUAGAAUUGGAUCAAGAUUCGGCACAAUGAAACUUUUCUGUUCUAGAAGCGAACAGCUAAAAUAAGUUUCCUUUGUUAUAACAGGUUAGUAGAUGAAAUGAAGUGUCUCUUGGUGGCCAACGAGAGUGCAGAGGUUCUGUUCUACUGGACUGAUGCAGAGUUCGAGCAGCGCAUUCAAGAGCAGUAUGGAGUUUCCCAGGAGGAAGGACAAAGACCACCUGCGUUUGAAGACAGCAUCAACACUCUCUUCGCGCCCAUCAUCAUCUCCUGCAGCACUAUGGUGGACAGACUUGGGGACAAUUACACGUCCUUCUGCACAGAAAACAAUCAAGUCUAUGUUUUGCAUCAGUUUGAGGAGUGUUUGUACAUCGCUGUGAAUGGAGAUGGAGAUGAGUCAGAAGAGGACUUAAAGAGAAAGAUCCAUGUGAUGAAGAAACUCAUAAGUAUUAUGUUUGGGAUGGUGACGCUCAGCAGUACCCUCUUGAGGAAAGAAUUGCGCCCUCAAGACACAGAGCAAAGGAACCGGUUGUGGAAGAAACUGCGCAGCCUCCUGGAAACAUACAGCCGCCUACGAGAGCAGGACCAGAGCUUUUUAGUUGAGGCGGUGGAGAGGUUGAUCCACCCGACCUUGUGUGAGCAGUGUAUUGAGUUUCUGGAGCGUCGACUGGUGCAGCAGAUUAACAGCAGUGUGGAGAGGGCAGGAGAGGAAGUGCUGCAUGCUUUCAUACUGGUGCACACCAAACUACUCGCCUUCUACUCCAGUCGUAAUGCAAGCAGUCUAACCAUCUCUGAUCUUCUGGCUCUGAUCAUCCUGGUGCAGGAUCUGUAUCCCAGCAAAACCGACCUGGAUGACACGACUUCUGAGGAGUUAGAGAGAAGUUCAGUUCCUGAUGUAUUCUACACACCAGAGCCCUCUCCUCCUGACCAGGAAUCAGUCCAAACAAGAGGUGACAGCGCUCCCAUCUUCCAGUUUGUUGAUCCUGAUAUUCAGAUGGCAGAGGACAGUCUGCAAACUCUUGAAGUUCCAAUCCCUGACACUUCGGCCCCGUCCAGAGUAUUCCUGGAAGCCACACUUAAAGAGGGCCUCUUUCCAAUGAUGCCUCACUCUAUGUACUGCUUGCCUCUUUGGCCUGGAAUUACACUAGUCCUACUCACCAAGAUCCCCAACAGUCAGGUGGCGAUGUCUGUUUACUACUAUCUGGAUACGUUUGUGAAUCUGGAGAAGAGGUUAUGCGAGGGGCAGGAGGGAGCCGCAGCCAUGCGGGGUCAGCCCUCUGUCCAGGACAUCCGGGUCAAACUCGACAAGUUCAUCAAAAACUUGGUCAGCAUGGACAUUCAGACCUCCCAACUUCAAAAUGUGUGGACAGAUUUUAAGAACAAAGUCUUCACCAGAUCUGCAUCUGGAGUCACAAGAGAGUUGCUGCCCUCCUGUCGUAACAUGAAGACUCAGUUGUGUGGUGUGUACAGACAGUGUUUUGCUGCUAAAUGCAUGAGCAGCAGUCAGCGAUUGGCUCCUCAUCUUCAAGAACGAGCUCUAAACAUGGUCCAAGAGAAGUUGUUGGACUGGAAGGAUUUUCUGCUGGUGAAAAGCAAAAGAAACAUCACAAUGGUGUCAUACCUGGAGGAGUUUCCUGGUCUUAUCCACUUUAUAUAUGUGGAUCGUUCAGCUGGACAUAUGAUCGCACCCUCUCUAAAUGUGACUGAUCGCACUGUCUCCGAGCUCGGAAAGGGGCCUGUAGCACACUUCAUAAAGAACAAGAUAUGGGGUCUUGUGGCAACAGCCCGGCGAUACCUGCAAAAGGGUUACACCACUGUCACACACAGAGAUGGAGAUUAUUUCUACUGUUACUUCCUGUGGUUUGAAAACGAAACGGGUUACAAACUGGAAGUGAUAGACAUACCCAGCCUCCCAGAGGACUAUGCUCCAAUAGGAAUGCUCGCCUUGGAUUAUUAUAAGAAACUGCUGCGAUAUUACAGCAAAAGUCAUCAGAAUGAGGUGGUGAAGUGUUAUGAACUGCUGACUCUGCAUCUGGGUGUGAUCCCCAAUGAAUAUAUCUUUCAGCACUGCAGUCAGCUGGCCCGCAAGCUCUGGGAGCCCUCCCGUAUUCCCCUCCUGUGAACCACACUCAGGGGUCCUCAGAGGAAUUCUGCUGUGUUCACUUUAUUCAAUAGGUGAUCUGUUGUCUAGAGACAGAGUUCCCUGCACUUUUAGCACAAGCACUUCUCAUUUAAGUUAUUUGUAGAAAAUAACAAUGUGUUUCUUGUGCUUAGUGAAUUGAGUGUGAUAUGUAAUUGAACAGAGUCAAUAUUGUUGAGAAAUUACCCCUUUGAUUCUCAUAAUGCAAACAAUUCGGACCAAUUAUUGUAGGAAAACUUUUAUUAUUAUUUUUAUUAUUAUUAUUUUUAUUUUUUGAUUUCAUCAGAUUUCUGGCUCAAUGAGAAUGAGUAUGUUAUAUGCAUUUAGAGCUCCUGUAUAGUGACCGAACUGCCAUAUCUUGAAAGAAACAGAAUUUAGUAUACUUUAUUUCAUAAAACUAUGUAGAAGACAGUUGAUGAAAAAGUACAGUCAUUUAUCAUUAUUAAUCUCCCUGUUUUUUACAACAGUUUUAUUGGGACAUUUUUUGUAACUGUGCAGAACAUAUAUUGUUAUCCUCAGUGUUUUGGAGGUACAGCUAAAAUACAGUUAUAAUUGUCCGAUCAAGCGGUCAAAAAUAUGUCCAUUGUACUGCAAAAGCAGAUGAUUUCCUUUCUUUUGAAAUGAUGGAUGUUGUGUGUUUAACAGAAGUUCAUCCAUAGUUUUUUGAAGCUACAAAACAUUCCCAAUAUUUUUUCCACUGCAUUAAGUUAAAAAUUAAGUUAAAAAAAGGUUAAUUAUAGCAAGCUGAUAAUGAAGACAGAAACUGUCUGUUUUUGACCCUUCGCUGCUUAUUUUAAUGUCUCUAAACAGAUCAUGUGAGAUCUCAGAGGACAUAUUUAUUGAGAACAGUACAGAUUUAUUGACUGAAUAUUGCUUAGAUAUAUAGUGUUUUGUAAAAAUUUAUAUAACAUACAAUAUGAUCAUUUUCCAAGAUAAAUAAAGUACAAUGGAAUA